AUGGAGUCUGAUGAUGAUUUUAUGAGCGUUGCGUCCAGCGGCGAUGACUUUUUGGAUACCCAGGCGAGUGAUGAUGAGAGUCUAGGGGAAGAUUUCGGUGAUGAUUUCGACGGCGGCUUCUCGAAAGAUAAAGACAUCGUCGCAACCUCACGAAAACCUUACGAAGUUGAAUUUAAGGUCCUAAGCCCGGAUGAUAUUGAUCGGGAUCAGAAUCAACAGAUCAACGAAGUCUCAUCGAUAUUAAGUCUACCGCCGGAAUCCUCUGCCAUUCUUCUACGGUAUGGACGAUGGAACCGGGAAAAGCUUAUUGAGGGCUACAUGGAUCAUCCCGAAGAAACUCUGGAGGAGGCCGGGUUAGGGACCAACUUUGAAGGCACACCAAAAACUGAAGUAAUACCUGGGUUCGUGUGCGACAUUUGCUGCGAAGAUGGCGAUAACCUGGAGACAUACGCUAUGCGAUGUGGACAUCGUUUCUGUGUUGAUUGCUACCGCCACUACCUUGCUCAGAAGAUCCGUGGGGAAGGAGAAGCGGCCAGGAUAGAAUGUCCGGGUGAUGGCUGUAAUAUGAUCGUUGAUUCUAAGUCGUUGAGCCUACUUGUCACACCUGCCCUCAAGGACAGGUAUUACACUCUCUUACAAAGGACCUAUGUCGAUGACAAGGAAAAUCUCAAGUGGUGCCCAGCUCCCAACUGUGAAUACGCUGUUGAUUGCUCGGUGAAGCAGCGCGACCUCCGCCGCAUUGUACCCACCGUACAAUGUAACUGCAAGCAUCAUUUCUGCUUUGGCUGUACACUUAACGACCAUCAACCAGCACCUUGCCAGCUAGUUAAGAUGUGGCUCAAGAAGUGUGAGGACGAUUCGGAAACGGCCAACUGGAUCUCAGCCAACACAAAAGAGUGCCCUAGGUGUCACUCGACGAUCGAGAAGAACGGAGGUUGCAACCAUAUGACGUGCCGCAAAUGCAAGCAUGAGUUCUGCUGGAUGUGCAUGGGGCUAUGGUCCGAGCACGGCACCAGCUGGUAUAAUUGUAACCGAUAUGAGGAGAAGUCAGGAUCCGAGGCACGCACCGCACAGGCGAAGUCCCGGGCGUCAUUGGAGCGGUAUCUCCAUUACUACAACCGAUAUGCGAACCAUGAGCAAUCGGCCAAGCUCGACAAAGACCUAUACCUGAAGACGGAAAAGAAGAUGACGAGCCUCCAGUCGCAGUCGGGUUUAUCGUGGAUUGAAGUCCAGUUCCUCGACACCGCGUCUCAAGCCCUUCAACAAUGCCGACAGACCCUAAAGUGGACCUACGCUUUUGCCUACUACCUUGCACGUAACAACCUGACCGAGAUCUUUGAAGAUAAUCAGAAAGAUUUGGAACUCGCGGUGGAGAACCUCAGCGAGAUGUUUGAAAAGCCUGUACCCGAACUAGCAAACCUCAAGGUGGACAUCUUGGAUAAAACGGCCUAUUGUAACAAACGGCGAGUGAUUUUGUUGAGCGACACUGCCGAAAACCUGAAAAAUGGCGAAUGGUCUUUUAACGUGGAGUGGUAG